GAGAGAGAGAGAGAGAGAGAGAGAGAGAGAGAGAGAGAGAGAGCAUAACAUGUAUCGAAGCUAACAAGGCCUGCCCAAUUAAAUCAACACAACAAACUAAUUUCCCAGUGGUACACAUGUGUACAGAUGAAUCAAUCAGCGGUGUACAAGGUGUGUUUCUUGACGGAUUCGUACCUGGCAACACAGACAUCACUUGUAACUGUUCACUUCAGGCAACAACAACACUUCAGAUUGGAAUUAGUCAGGUUUCACUUCCAGAACAAAUGUGUGGAUCAGAAUUAACUAUACAGCUAAACUGGGAACAGAGGACAUUGGUGUAUAAUUGCAGACAUGGUGGAAAUGUACCAACGUUUAUGAGAAUUAUUGAUGAGAAAGGGUACUCAAUUACUUUGAAAAUCUAGUGCGACAUACAGCGUGGAUAUCAUUUACUGUAUCAACUUCUACAUUACAGCUGUCUCAGGUAAUUUGAGUCUUCAGUGUUAUUCGUCAGAAGACAAAACCACAGACCUAAUGACGACACAAUCCACGACCAAGAUAAUCCCAGUGACGAAGACAGAUACACCAUCAGCUAAUAAGGCCUGCCCAGUAGACGUAACACAACAAACUAACUUUCCAGUGGUACACAUGUGUACAGAUGAAUUAAUCAGCGGUGUACAAGGAAUGUUUCUUGACGGAUUCGUACCUGGCAACACAGACAUCACUUGUAAUUGCUCACUUCAGGCAACAACAACACUUCUGAUUGUAAUUAGUCAGACUACAAUUCCUGAUGAAAAAAUGUGUGAAUCACAGUUAAGUAUACAGCUAAUCCGGCAACAAAGGACAUUGAAUUAUUAUUGCAGACAUGGUGGAAAUGUAACAACGUAUCAACAAAUUAUUGAUGAGAAAGGGGCCUCAAUUACUUUGCAAACUAGUGCUACACACAGCGUGGAUAUCACUUACUGCAUCAACUUCUACAUUACAUUAGGUUCAGGUAGUUUAAGCCUUCGGUGCUAUUCGUCAGGAGACAAAACCACAGUCCCGAUGCCGACACAACCAACAGAAUCGACGAUAACGGGUAGGACAAUUCCCUCGACGCAGACAAAUUCACAAUUAGGUCAAGAAGAUUUCCAGGUUGCAGCUGUGGCGGGUGGUGUUGGCGCUGUCGUGCUCAUUGUUGUAGCAGCCAUUGUCGUUAUCGUCGUAUGUCUCAAAAGGAAAAACGCUACAAAACAGAAUUAAACUACAGAUGACGAUGGAGAUUACGAAAUUAGAGAUGUUAACCCUAAUGACGCUGGUGUCAACACAAAUAACAAAGUUAACCCGUAUAAUACUGACGACAAUGUUG